UUGUGGCCUCAGCUCUGAAGUCCAGCCCCUCCCAUCUGAGAGAUGUCGACCUGAGUAACAAAAACCUGAAGGAUUCAGAAGUGGAGCGUCUGUGUGUUGGACUGCAGAGUCCAAACUGUAGACUGGAGACUCUGAGAUUGGAGUGCUGCAGUUUGUCAGAGAUCAGCUGUGCUUCUCUGGUCUCAGCGCUGAAGUCCAACCCCGCCCAUCUGAGAGAGCUGGAGCUGAGUGGAAACAAGCUAAAGGAUUCAGGAGUGGAGCUGCUGUGUGGUUUUCUGGAGAGUCCACACUGUAGACUGGAGUCUCUGAGAUUGGUGUGCUGCAGUUUGUCAGAGAUCAGCUGUGCUUCUCUGACCUCAGCUCUGAUGUCCAACCCCUCCCAUCUGAGAGAGCUGGACCUGAGUGACAACAAGCUGCAGGAUUCAGGAGUGAAGCAGCUGUGUGGUUUUCUGGAGAGUCCACAUUGUAGACUGGAGACUCUGAGAUUGAGGAACUGCAGGUUGUCAGAGAUCAGCUGUGCUUCUCUGGUCUCAGCUCUGAAGUCCAACCCCUUCCAUCUGAGAGAGCUGAACGUUAGUCUCAACAAGCUGCAGGAUUCAGGAGUGAAGCUGCUGUGUGGUUUUCUGGAGAGUCCACACUGUAGACUGGAGACUCUGAGAUUGUGGGGCUGCAGUUUGUCAGAGAUCAGCUGUGCUUCUCUGGUCUCAGCUCUGAAGUCCAACCCCUCCCAUCUGAGAGAGCUGGACCUGAGAGACAACAACCUGACAGAUUUAGACAUGAAGCUGCUCUGUGAUCUUGUGAAGAGUCCAAACUGUCGACUGGAGACUCUGGAGGUGGAUGACAGAGUAUACAGGGCUGCACCUGACAGCUAUAAAGGAGAUCCGUCUACGUCAAAGACAGACCUUGAUGUGUCUGAGGACAGAAGAGAGGAUCAGCUGUCUCCUGAUGAUCCAGAGAGGUUGAAGCAGCAGCAGCUUGUGUGUGGAGAGGCUCCCGAUACAAAUGAAAUGUUCCAUUUCACACCUGAGCUGCUGACUGAGUCUGGAAAGACUUCUUACAGGUUCAGGUGUCCUGGUCCAGGUGUGUUCCAGUGUGAUUUGACUGGACUGGUGUUUGUUACGACUCAGGAGGCGGAGCUGCUGUACAACACUGUCCAAUGGGAUGAGAGCCUCCUCCAAUCAGCUGGCAGGAUGGCUGCAGGGCCGCUGUUUGACAUCAAGUGUUCAGAGGAUGGAGCAGUCUGUCAGCUCCACCUUCCACACUGUGAAACAAAGGAUGCGCUGCUUGUUGAUGGCCUGUUGUCUGUCGUCCACAUCACUGAUGAUGGGAUGAGCAUCUUGGAGCCGCUGAAGAUUACAGACACUCAUGUGGUCGUGAAGGUUCCUCACCUCUCUGCCUUUGGCCUGAUCUGGGAUAUCGUUAGAAGAUUUCUGAACAUCUCACUGCCAAUAGAGGCCCAAGUUCUGCUGUUCCUCCGACCUCCGGACACGGGGCCUCGAGUCCUAGAUGUUCUACUGCUGCCCCGCAACAUCCUUCUAGAUGAGGUGGAAAAGAAACAAAGAGGUGCUAAACACAUUAGGAUCUCUUCCAAAUGUCAUCUCAGCAUUGAUCAAAGUUACAGUGUCCACUGUCAACCUGAGGGCUUUAUAAUACAGCCUGAGCAUGAAACAUUUAGCUCAGACUAUGGACCAAAUUACCAUCCAACAUUUGAAGUUUUCCUGGAGACGAUCCCAGAGAAGGUGACUUUGAUGGUCCAGGACCGAGAGAGGACAGAAGUCUGGAGACGUAACGUGUCUUUGAAAGGUCCAACUGGGCCAAAUCCACGGAGGAAUGACCCAGCAGAGGACAGCGUCCCAGCAGAGGACAGUGAUCCCCCAGAAGACAGGCUGUUGCUAGUUCGGACACAGUUUGUAGAGCGAGUGUCUGAUCCUGUUCUGAACCAGCUUCUGGAUAAACUCCUUGAGCGUGGUGUUAUAACUGAUGGUGAAAUGCAGUCAGUCAGAACAGGCAGAGCAGACAAAGCACGAGACGUGAUGGACACGGUGAGAAGAAAAGGAAGUGCAGCCAGCUCAGUUCUGAUCUCUGCUCUCUGUGAGGUGGAUCCAGUCCUUUCCAGAGAGCUGAGAUUAAUCUGAAGAACCAAACUGUGGAGAGUUGGGAUGGAUCUCUACAAUAACUGACUGGUACACAUUGUCUCUUUGAAAUGAAAAGCUGUUAAAGUCUGUUUUUAAUAAGUGGACUUUGACUCUGAAAGUGAUUGAGUCCAGUAAAGAGGGAGUGCUGUUCUUAGUUUCAGCCACUAGAUGGAGACAGAACUUCACUGAUGGACAAACAAGAUGCAGAAUCAGAACAUCAGAAAACCAACUGAGAAAGAUUUCUGAGUGAACAUUCAACUGUUGUUUAAAGAAAUACUGGUUGGUCAUUGGUCACAUCCUUUAAAUCUCUUUGACCUUUGUACAGCCUCAUGUCAUCGUUACUUUAGAAAAAUAACCAAAAGAGAAACAACUUCUGCUGAAUGCAGCGUGGCUUUUUUUUAAGGCUGGAGGACUUUUGUCUCUGGACCAAAGUUUUCUCUUGGUGACAGAAAUCUUCAGGGGGAUUCAGAGGAAAUGAACAGCUGUUCAGGUUGACUAAAUAUUGAUGUUUUUAAUGCUGAAUGUUUCAGUGGACCAACAAUCCUGCAUCAAACACAGCUCCUACACUUUAAAAACACAUAUAUCUUUUCAUAUUUCUUUGUAGUUUCUAUUUUAUAUUAUGUCUCCUGACUGUUGCACUGUUUGUUGUUAUGCACAACAUCACAGAGACAAAACUACCUGACAAUAAACUGUUGGUAAUUGU